GAUUCUUUAAAGUUGAAUUAAAUAACCUUCAAAAUCAAGAGAUAAUAACUAGAUUCGAUAUAUAAUAAUCUGAUUUGGUAUUUAAAAUCAUUUAUUAGAACCUACCCAUCUGAUUCAUUUAUAAUUGAAUGGUAGAACAAGCACUUAACUGUGAACCCAAAAUUUAAACAAUGGCAGAGGCAGCAUCAUCGACCACAGAGAAAAAGUUUUUGACUCUGAAGUCGUCAAAUGGUGAUGAGUUUGAGUUAGAAGAAUCCAUUGCCAUUCAGUCUGUAACAAUCAAGAACAUGGUCGAAGAUGGAUGCUCCUCUAGUGUCGUCCCGCUGAGCAACGUCGACACAGAAACCCUGAUCAAGAUCAUCGAUUACUUGAAGAUGCACUCCUCGACUUCUUCAAAUGAAGAAGAAAUCGAGAACUUCGACAAGGAAUUUGUGAACAUUGGCUUCAAAACCAUCUUUAAAAUCUUAGAAGCUGCAAAUUUCCUUGACAUCAACAGUUUGCUUGAGUUGUGCGCUGAGGCGGUGGCUAACAGGAUUAAGAAAAAAACGCCUGAAGUUGUUCGGAAGAUUUUCAAUAUCACUAGUGACUUCACCCUUGAGGAAGAGGCAGAGAUUCGGAAUGAGACUCCAUGGGCCUUUGAAGGGGAUCUUGAUCACUCCCUUGACUAGUUUACAUUUGUGUCUUUACUGUUUUUCGUUUCGUGAGCUUCUAGUUAUGUUUGCGCCUCUUCCCUUUUGAGCAGAGAUCUUGCGGCUAAUAAGUUAUGGCAUGAGUCAGAAUGUCUAAAUAAAAGUUUUUGAUAAAUUUAAGGGUCGUCUAUGUAUUCAACAUAUGUUGUUUCUUUUAAAUAUUUUUCAUGCA